CCUUCUUUCAACUUCUGCACCACACUUACUUAUCAUGGAAAGUGCUUACAACAGUCCCCCGUCGACACCCGGCGCCAAAACUUUCAACGGUGCUACAAAAAGCCCGUCUGACUCGGACACGAUUUUGACAUUUCAACGCAUAGACAAAGCAACACCUACGUCAUCUUCUGGGGCGAAGGCUGAUGCCACGUCUUUUCCAGUGACGGGAAGUCCUGGGGGAACCAUCGGGUUCGCCGUCCUGUUGAAGAAAUGCGGCUUCAACGCCAACGCCAACGUUGGGAUGCACGGUGUCACCAUGGCUAAGAUCAAAGAGGGGAUGAUUGCAAUUGGUCUGGCCAAGGAGUUUGACAUAUGGAGUUCUCCGUCGGCUAUACUCCUCGACUAUGACCUUACUCUUUCGGAGUACGUGGAGCAGGUAUCGAAGCUUACGAAAACUCCCGAAUCGGAUGUGAGAAUUUACUACGGUCUGAAGAAGGAUCACAACGCGCAGACAGUACAGGACAUCUACAAGACUGGAGAAUUUAUCAUCAGGAUCGUCCAAAUCAAGAAUGAUAAGUCGCAGGCGAUUCAAGCUCUGAGAGUGAUGAAGUCGCCUCCAGAAGAUGCACGUGCAGACGGCCAUAUCAUUGAUAGCCAGGAACUAGGCUCUCAAACACUCUCGGACCUAAGAGACGGAAUCAGCGCAAUGUCACAACUAAAAGAUAAACAUCACUUUUGCCUGCCGGAUGAAACCCCUCUCCAUGAUAAAACCAGAUUCGACGACUACAUCAAAAUGCUUGAUGAGACAUGUCCGUAUGAAAGUAGCGUUCCAUCGAUCAACCUCAGGUUUAAAGACGCUUCAUCUUGUUUCGAUGAAGAUCAGCCAAAGACAGUUUUGACAGCUUUGGGUGACAAUAAAACAGUUCAAAAGGCCGAGACCUCCAGUAUCUCACCGUCGUCACUCGAUGAGUUGCAGUGGGAACUCGUCAUGAAGAACUGCCAAGUCAUGCACGGCUGGUAUAUUGAUCCGGUCAGCACUGAGAUCAAAAUGGCACCAAAACCAGCAUUCCGUCUCAAGUCAGGUUUGAAUCUUGACUACAGCCCAGAUAGCACAGUCUCCACUGCAGAGGUUGAGAUCGCCAUUCCCAACUACGGGGUCACGGACGGUUCAAAAAUUGAUGUCGUCACUACUGAGAGCGGGAUCAAGCACUCUCUUGUUCGUAAUAGCUUUGACAAGUCUUCUAUGGAUAACAAAAUCGCUCUUGGUUACUCAGGAAUCGGUAUCAACGUGGCUAGCGGGAAGUCCUUCGACUCCCAGGGUGAGCAGUCAUCAGGGAGCAACAGGUCCGUCAAGAGCAUGAUCGGUAUAUACAAGCUUCCUCGAGUUACUUUGUUCCUCAACGCGGAUGAGCUCGUUCCGACCAAAGCAUUCAUAGAUGGCAUUGAAAAGAUCAAGAAGCUAGGAGAGGAAGCGGACGAGACAGACGUUCGAAAGUUUUACGAAAAGUUUGGACAAUUUUUCUGCCACGAGGUCGUUCUCGGGGGAAUGUUGCUUUCGACAAAAGCUCUGGUUGGCAACGAAUCCCAGGAAGAAGAAAAGAGCCGGUGUUCCUUUAAGCACGCCAUCGGGAUGUCUGUCUCCUCUCCUGUGGAAGUCAUUAUUGGGGCGGAUUCAAAGAAAGAAAUCGCAUCAGGUGCCGAUCAGAGCAUUGUUCGCAGCUAUAAAGAUAGCGAUGACAGCGUGGUGUUCGAAGCUGUUGGUGGGAACACCAUCUUGGCUUCUAGUCCACAACAAUGGUGCGCAACAGUUGGAGAUUACAACAAUUGGAGAGUUAUCGGGAGACAAGAGAUGAAGUUGAUCCUCGACUCAUUCCAAGAUAGUGGAGAUCAUGAGCUCCAAGACGUCGUCGAAUUGUUCACUAAAGCAUCUCAACUUACUGUCUCGAAGUUCAUUGACAUUCCAAAGUCAGCAAAAAUCAUUGCGCAAUUCCGGUUCAAGACGAAGAGCACGAAUGCGGACAAAACACACUACCUUCGUCAUGACAUCAACAAUCUCAUUGAGUUUGGAACUCGAUCUGCGAGUGAGCAGAGGGUUAUGCCACAGAAAUAUCAGGGGCCGCGAGUCGAACCAUACGACCCUUCAUGGAAAGAUCAAGAUGGUCUUUGGACCAUAGCUCCAGUGGUGGGAGCUGGGAUAUGUUGCCAUGGGAGUCAAGGGCGAUCGCAAUUAGUCGAUGGCUCUAGGGUCACUAUCCGUUCCGGGCGCGAUUCGCAAACCGCCUGGUAUCUCUCCGUCCUCAGAACUUCGGCGGGAAUUUUCGUACCCUGUAUCACGACCUCGAAACACUUCGUAUGGAGAGUCCGAGAAGUUCUGCGGCCCAACACCAGGAGCACCAUUGCAAAAGAGCCUUCACCCGACAAACCGCUCAGACACGAUGCGGUUCUGUGCUUGACUUAUGACUUUGAGGACAACCCCCGAGGCUACCGAGACUUCAAAGACGACGAUCGCGGCUUCCGGAAUGUAGAGUACCCGGACAAAGACACCACCCAGUUGGUGCUCGUUGAAUCACGUAACAGAACGGAUAUAUGGCCGGAUCGCAGAGUUCUUCUUCUCGCCGACGGAGAGCCCUUUUUCACAGAGUCUACUGCCAAAGUCGCAGACUUGAAUGAUUCCGAGAUCUCUGUGAGAAUUGCAAAGUUCAACAUCGACGUCCGUGACCAAAUGGAUGACGACUAUGAUAUCUUGCAGAGGGAUGGCAAUGCCAUCAGGGCGAGACACGAGGAGCAGCAGAAGAAGUUGAAGACCAGAGAUGAGGGGUCCUCGGGGUAA